GUGUUUUCUACGAAUUUACAACUUUGUUAAUUUUAGGAUAGAGACAUAUGAGCAUAUUGUGGAGAGUUAUUAACUAUGACUGAAGAUAACAGUCAUCGUGUUUUAAGCAGACUAAAUAGCAAAAAUUGGCUUAAAAAUUUGAAAGUGGAACAUCUCAUAGCUGGAACUGCUGGUGGUGUUUCUGCGACUUUACUUCUGCACCCUCUCGACCUUAUCAAGAUUAGGUUUCAAGUAAAUGAUGGUCUGGUCACCAGGCCAACAUAUCGUGGGAUCAUAGAUGCAUUCAAAUCAAUUAAAGUUUCUGGAGGACUAAGAGGAUUAUACCAGGGCGUUUCCCCAAAUGCGGUUGGUGCCGGCUCAGCUUGGGGGUUGUACUUCUUCAGCUACAAUUUCUUAAAAGCCAAUGUCAGUGAGGCCAAAGGCAUCAAGAAUCUUUCCGCCGGGGAGCAUUUAAUAAUUGGAGCAGCCGCAGGAGCAAGCACCCUGUGUAUUACGAAUCCAGUAUGGGUAGUUAAAACUCGCAUGUGCCUGCAAUUCAACUCACAAUCAGUCGCAAGUGAAGUCUAUUACAAAGGAGUUAUAGAUGGCCUUAUAAAAUUAUACAAACAUGAAGGUAUUAGGGGAUAUUACAAGGGAUUUCUGCCAGGGCUAUUUGGUGUUUCCCAUGGAGCAAUACAGUUCAUGACUUAUGAAGAACUUAAGAAAUGGAAUAGCAAAUACACCGGCAAAGCUAUCGACUCAAAACAGUCGGCAAUUACGUACAUUGUAAUGGCAGCUCUGUCGAAAGUUGUUGCUGUUGUGGUGACGUAUCCAUAUCAGGUCGUAAGAUCACGGCUACAGGAUCGAGAAUACCACCAGAAUUAUAAAGGCAUCAUCGACAUGAUUAAAAAAACAUUGAGAAAUGAAGGCACCAAGGGAUUUUAUAAGGGACUGACACCAAAUCUUUUGAGAGUGACGCCUGCCUGCUGCAUAACUUUUGUUGUCUAUGAGAACUUGAUGCAUUUUCUCAAGCCGAUUCUGGGGCGCGAGGAGACCUUAAAGACCUGAUAUCUGUUGGUCUAGGAUCUCUUGAAUUGGUAUUAAAAUGGAAUAAGUCAAUGCAUGUUUAAGAUUUUUUACAAAUGAAUUGAAGUACUGCGCAACGUUAUACGCGAGCCUGGGUAGCUACAAAUUCGAGUCUGAGCAGCUGUUACACACGAGAAAACUAUGUAGAUUCUAGAUAAUCAAUGGGAUCUCACUGUGGGCUGGGAUCAUCCAACGAAUCUUGGUUUCAACCUAGCGGCAGCUCUCUUGGCGAGCUGGAACAGAAAUUUUAACAUAAUAGGAACAAAUGUGGUUUUAUUUUUUUUAUUUGAUAUGCGUUCUUAAGUCGGUUUAUCCAUUGAUUUAAUUCUUCAUCAGACCAUGCAAUACCAAUUCCCUGGCUAAAACGUUUCCUUCAAUAAUAUUCCAAAUCGUCUUUGAGAUAGUUGAUCAUCAAAUCUUCCUUGCUUUUCUAAUCAAUUUUGUUCUUGGUUUUCCUUUUGGAAGUCCUACCUUAAAAAAUUUUAAAUUACUAUUAAAUUACUAUUAAUUAUUCAAUAAAUUUAUUAUUAUUAAAUACUAACAUACCAUUCGCCCUGCUCCUGUCAUUUAUUUUUAAUUUUUAGACUUUACCCCCAAGGCUAUUUUGCUAAUUUCCUGUGAACAUUUCCCAGAACAGUCAAACUCCCAUAAGGCCGAUCUCUUGGAACCUUUAAAACCCGAAUGAAGUUAAAUACCUUUAAAACCCGAAUGAAGCACGACAGAGUAAAAACUUAAUGCUAUCCGCUCAAAUAUAGGUAGAAUAGAUAUGUCAUCGCGCGAACAAUGUUAAUCGUAUCAUUAAUGCCUGUGCGUUACUAGAAAUAGUCAUGGAUUUGUAUCUCCAUUGGGCUAUAGACAUAUAAUUAUACAAAUAAAUGAAAAUGUCCAAUUUAGGUCUAACACAAUUAUCGUACUUAAAAACCCACUUAUGCGACGAAAAUUGAUUUCACAAAAUGGGCUGGGCCUAAGCAUUCUGUCCCUAUAUUAGACUCAAACGAGUUUGAUUGUAACAUCAAAAAGGUGCUUUGAAGCUAUCUCGACUCGUUUAUCAUACUUAACGUAGAAGACUGGUAUGUAUUUAAGAAUUUUUAUGCCUUUGUAUAUAGUUCAGUAUUUAUCACAGAAUAUGUUAUGUAUCAA